UGAAAAACAAAUGGCCAAUAUCUAUGCAUCCGCUGUUCCCAUCUCCACAAAUAAUACAAAUGUAGAUGUUAGUCGUCGAUCUGUAACAUAUGUUCCUAGCGUUUGGAAAGAUCAUUUUCUUGCAUAUACUAACCACGUUACGGAAAUCAGUGCCACAGACAAGGAAAUGCUCGAAAAGCAAAAGGUAGAGGUGAAGAAGUUGCUAGCUCAAACCCCGGAUGAUUCAGCGCUCAAGAUGGAGCUCAUUAAUGCAAUCCAACGUCUAGGUGUUGCCUAUCAUUUUUCAGAAGAAAUUGACGACUCAUUAAGCAAAAUUCACCAGAAUUAUGAUACACAGAGUAGCAAAGACAAGGACAAUAUUGGAGUUCUUGCUCUUCGUUUUCGUCUGCUCAGACAGCAUGGUUACCGCGUCUCAUGCGACGUGUUCAACGGAUUGGUAGACAAGGAAGGGAAUCUGAAGGAGUCGUUGAUAGACGACGUUGAAGGGAUGCUAAGCUUGUACGAGGCUUCCAACUACGGAAUAAACGGAGAAGAUAUUCUUGACAAAGCCUUAGAUUUUACUUCUUCACAUCUCCGGAAUUCUCUACAAAAAAUUAUGAGCACUUCUCUAUCGAAUCGAGUGAAAGAAGCUCUGGAGAUGCCGAUUAGCAAGAGUCUGAUCAGACUCGGGGCCAAGAAAUUUAUAUCUAUGUACCAACAAGAUGAGUCGCACAAUCAGACAUUAUUGAAUUUUGCCAAAUUAGACUUCAAUAUUGUGCAGAAAAUACAUCAGAGGGAGCUACACCACAUUACAAGGUGGUGGGAGGAUUUGGAGUUUGGAAAAAAACUACCAUUUGCAAGGGAUAGAGUGGCGGAGUGCUAUUUUUGGAUUGUGGGAGUCUAUUUUGAGCCACAAUACGACACUGCAAGAGUAUUUAUGACCAAAGUCAUAGCUCUAACUUCCAUCAUUGAUGACAUCUAUGAUGUUUAUGGAACGUUAGAUGAACUCCGACUUUUCACCCACGCUAUCCGAGGGUGGAUGGGGACCUUAAAUCUAGUACAUGUUACGGAAUUGCCGCCGUACAUGAGGAUAUGUUACGAAGCUCUUCUAGGCAUUUAUUCGGAGAUGGAAGAUGAAAUGGGAAAACGAGGCCAGUCAUAUCGCCUGCAAUAUGCGAGAAAAGAGAUGAUAAAGCUAGCGGGGGUGUAUAUGGAAGAGGCGGAAUGGUGUUAUAGCAAGCAUGUUCCGACAAUGGACGAGUAUAUGAAAUUUGCACUCGUAUCGGGUGCUUACAUGAUGCUAUCAACAACUUCUUUGGUUGGAAUGGGAGACCCUAUUACCCAAGAUGAUUUUGAUUGGGUUACGAACGAGCCACUAAUUGUACGAGCCGCCUCGGUUAUUUGUAGAUUAAUGGACGACAUGGUUGGACACGGGGUAAGCUAGGUUAAAAGAUAUAAUAGAAUGGAG